AUGUCUUGUGCUGGCGUUUCGCGGACGUGGCAACGGAUUUGUGAAGAUGAUCAGACCUGGCGACAGAAAUGUUUCGAGAACGGAUAUGUGGAAUUUGAUGCGCCAAGUUUUCGUUUUCUCGGAGGUUGGGCGGCGAAUCGAGCAAAUGAGCAAGCGGGAAUCACAAUCAGUUCGCAUAUGGACCUUCAAGAAGCCCAGCAGAAUCGACAAGCACGCGAGAUCGCAUAUGGACAUUGUUAUGAGCGUUCGUCAUGGAAGUCGUUGUACUUGCGAAAGAGGCGAAUCAUUUCGAAUUGGCGAUCCCGAGCGAUUCAAUCAAGCACUGUUCUAGAGUACUGGAAGGCGUCGCGGGUCUGGAAUGUUGAUGAUGCUCAACCGGCUUUUGCUCUAACUGGUGAUAAUGGUUUCUCCUUGUCGUAUCAAGUGAGCGAAGAUGGCAAAUACAUUGUCGGUGGCGGCAUGGUGGGAAGGGUGCGCGUUUGGUGUGGUCAAACCGGUGCACAGCUUCAUCUUUUGCAGGGACAUACGGAUAGGAUUUCAUGCAUGAGUAUACAUGGGACAACUCUUGUUUCUGGAUCGUGGGAUCAAACACUCCGAGUCUGGGACAUUGUCCACGGGAAAUGCCUUCACAUUUUGGCUGUCAAGACGUGGGUGGGUUUUGUGAAAUUUGAUGGAGAACGGGUUGUAUUUGAUGGCCAAGCUUUUGCCGUAAACGUUUGGAAUGUACACACGGAGGAGUGUUUGCACACGCUGACGGGUCACACGGAAAGGAUCAGUUCUCUUUUGUUUGAGCCGGAGCGCGAUCUGGUCUUCUCGGGAAAUAGUGGAUCGAUUCGCGUCUGGGAUGUGCGAAGUGCAACAUGCAUCGCACAUUUUGUCGUUUAUGGAAGGUCACGGCACAGUGGUUACUUUGGGAUGCAGUUUCGCGGAAACAUUUUGGUCUGCCUUUGCGACUCGGACAUUUGGGUUUGGGACAUUCGUGAGGGUGGCUCAUGCCUUCACCACUUACAUGGCGUAAAUGGUCAGACGUCGGACAUCACUUCAUUGCAAUUGCUCGACUCCGGACUUUUGGUGACAGGUUCGGUUGAUGGCUCGGUGAAGCUGUGGGAUGUGGACAAAGGUACCUUCGUUCGGGAGCUCGUUCGAUCUCGUUCGGAUGACCCUCGCGAA